UAUGUUAAUUGUUUAGAAUAAUUAUUAAUAAAGUGUACAAUUUUUGAGAUUUCUCUUAUAUUUUUAGGAACCUCGAUCCAAACCUUCAUCAUCCAAAAGCGAAGAGAAACAGCAUCUUCUCGAUGGCGAAUAUCAACAAGAAAGUUCCGCCGUUACUGUGGAGGAUUCUACAAAUAUGUAUGAAGAAUUCUGCUUCAAUCGCACCAUCGAACAUCCUACAUCAAAUUUUGAUACGAUGAUUCAUUUGCUGAAAGCUAAUAUAGGAACCGGAAUUUUAGCAAUGCCUGAUGCGUUUCGCAACUCUGGUUGGGUGGUUGGAUUGUUCGGAACAUUAUGUAUGGGUUUCAUUUGCACACACUGUAUGCAUAUGCUGGUAAAAUGUUCCCACGAACUUUGCAGAAGAACACAAGCACCCUCUUUAAGUUUUUCCGAAGUCGUGGAAAACGCAUUUAAAACAGGACCAGAAUUUUUGCAGAAGUAUUCGAGUUUGGCCAAGUCACUAAUAAAUAUAUUUUUAUGCAUAACGCAACUAGGUUUUUGUUGCGUAUACUUCGUUUUCGUCGCUGUUAAUCUUCACGAUAUCAUAAAGCAUUUUUGGCUCGACAUCGGCACACCUUGGUACUUGUUAUUUUUAUUAGCACCUAUGGUUAUGCUCAAUUGCGUCAGAAGUCUCAAGUAUUUAACCCCAGCUUCGCUGUUCGCGUCGAUAGCGACCUGUAUGGGUUUGGUGAUAACGUUUUUCUAUAUAUUCCAAGGAGGUUUGCCGAAUACAUCGACGAUCAAGGCGUUCUCUUCGUGGAAACAGUUGCCGCUUUAUUUCGGGACUGCUAUUUAUGCUUUCGAAGGAAUUGGAGUGGUGUUGCCGUUGGAGAACAAUAUGAAAAAUCCACAAGAUUUCAGCGGAUGGAACGGCGUACUCAAUACUGGAAUGGUAGUAGUUGCAGCGUUAUAUACCGCGAUUGGAUUCUUCGGAUAUCUUAAAUAUGGGGAAAAAGCGGUGUUGGGAAGUGUUACGCUUUUGUUGCCACCUGAUGAAUAUUUGGCGCAAUUAGUUCGUCUGAUGAUGGCCGUGGCAAUUUUUUUGUCCUACAGUCUCCAAUUCUACGUCGUGUUCCACAUUAUCUGGCCCUGGAUCCAGAAUCACUUCAAGACAGAUAAAAGCAGAGAAAUAGCAGAAUAUAGUCUAAGGGCUCUUCUUGUAUUCGUAACCUUUGUUAUAGCAAUUGCGAUUCCUAAUUUAGGAGCAGUUAUCUCGUUAGUAGGCGCUUUCAGUAGCUCAGCUCUUGCGUUAAUAUUUCCUCCUAUCAUUGAGAUUAUUACGUUCUGGCCUGACAAGCUAGGACAAGGAAGAUGGGUGUUAUGGAAAGAUAUAUUUAUAAUUGUAUUCGGUUUUCUUGGCUUUUUGGUCGGUUCUUAUACAAGUUUAUUAAAUAUAAUUAAUUAG